AUGAAGAAAACAUGUGAAGUAUGUAAAAAUAAAAUAUUUAAUUAUGUUUGCCCAUCUUGUGAAAUAGUCUAUUGCAGUCUUGAAUGCUAUAAAAACCAUAAUUAUAAAUGUGUAAGUAAUUUUUUAGAAAAUCAAGUUAAUGAAAAUAUAAAAAAUAAUGAAAUAACUGAAUUUGAUAAAAAAGAAUUUAAGUUUAAGCUAAAAAAAUUUUAUGAAGAAAAUUCUCAAAAUGAUUUUUUAGAAUAUAAAAACACAAACAAAUGCAAAAAUAGUAAAGAAUUAAAAGAAAAAAAAAAAGAAUAUUACUAUGGGAAUAAUUAUAAAGAAAAUGAAUAUGAUGAAGAAGAAGAACAAGAUGAAGAUGAAGAAGAACAAGAUGAGGAUGAAGAAGAAGAACAAGAUGAGGAUGAAGAAGAAGAACAAGAUGAAGAUGAAGAAGAAGAACAAGAUGAAGAUGAAGAAGAACAAGGUGAGGAUGAAGAAGAAGAAGAACAAGAAGAACAAGAACAAGAUGAAGAUGAAGUAGAACAAGAUGAGGAUGAAGAAGAAGAGCAAGAACAAGAAGAAGAACAAGAUGAGGGUGAAGAAGAAAAACAAGAAGAGGAAGAAGAUAAUCAAGAAAAAGGAGGAGAAAGAAAAGAAAAAGAAAAUGAUGAUGAUAAUUGUAAUAAAAGAAAAAAAUAUGAAGGUAAUAAAAAUACAAAUAGUAAAAAUAAUAAAGUAAUAAAUAAUUCAAAUUAUAUGAAAAAAUGGUUCAUAAGUAAAAAAAGAUAUAAAGUAUUAACUGAAUUAGCACUAAAAGACGAAUUAAAAUUAGAGAAUUUAAAUAAAAUAGAAAAAAAACAAUUUUUUUCUUUUUUAAAAAAUAAUGAUGUGAGUCAGUAUUUAGAUAAAUAUGAACCAUGGUGGCUUAAUUGUGUUAUAAAAAAAAUGCAAAUUCCUGAUCAUAUAUGUUGUAAUAAAAAUGUGAAUAAAAAUGUUAUUUUUAUAAUUAUUGAGAUAUUAUAUUCUUAUUGUUAUUUACUACGUAUAUAUAACAAGUACAUUAGUAACAAAGAAUUCUGCUAUUCUUUACUUUAUUUAGCAAAUUCAUUAAAUAGGUUUUAUUUACCAGAAUCAAAUAUUUUAAAUACAAUUAGUAAUUUAUUUCAAAGAAUACUUGAAAAUGAUGAUUUAGCAAGAGAGAAAAAUGUAUUAUAUAAUGUUAUAACUGAUGUAACAAAAAUAUUAGAUUUAAAAGAAUUACUUCUUAGGUGCUUAUAUGAAACUAAAAAAUUUUUUAAAAAAGAAAUUGAAAAAAUUAAUACUAAGAAGGAUCAGCUAAGUAAUAAUUUAAAUAAUACAAAAAAACUUGCUGGAGCUUUGCAAGAACAAAAGCUUUUUAUAUAUGUUAAUAAAAAAAUAAAAUUUUUAUAUAGCUAUUCAAAUUAUCAUUAUGAAAAUUUCAAUGACAUAAAAAAUCAGUUAUCUAAAUUUUAUAAUGAACAAAAGAAUUUUGUCAAAUCAAAUGAUAAAAGAGAAAUUAUUUUAAGUAAAGAAACUAUCUAA